CUUCCUUCCCAUUUCGAUCCCUCCAAACCGAACUCAAUCAACCACCACUUGCAAAUACAUUCUCCCUCCCUCCCUCUCUCUCUCGCUCGCUAAUCUCUCCCUGCAACUCCUCUCUCUCUCUCCCAUGGUGGUUUCUCUCUUCCAAUCAUGCCCUCUCAGCCCAACUUCCUCUUCAGGUGGCUUGGACUGUUUUCUCGUAAAUUCCGCCGGGAAACGACCGCAACCGAUUCGAACACCGGCGGAGAAGUCGGCGGAGGAGGAGAUUCGGGCGGUGGAGAUGAGACACCAGUGCUGAAUUCCGUCGAGUGCUACGCAUGCACACAGGCCGGAGUCCCGGCGUUCCACUCGACUAGCUGCGAUCAAGCUCACGCUCCUGAGUGGCGAGCCUCCGCUGGAUCCUCGCUUGUCCCGAUUCAACCAGGUUCCGAGGCGGAACCGGUCCGAAUCCGUUACAGGCGUCCCUCAGGCCCGUUCGGCGAGGUCCUCGACCCGAGGACGAAGCGCGCGCAGAGAUGGAAUCGCACUCUCCUGUUGGCGCGUGGAACGGCGUUGGCGGUGGACCCGCUCUUCUUCUACGCACUUUCCGUCGGCCGAACUACCGGCCCGGCGUGUCUGUACAUGGACGGCGCGUUCGCGGCGGUGGUGACGGUGCUUCGCACAUGCGUAGACGCGUUACACCUCUGGCACGUGUGGCUCCAGUUCAGGAUGGCUUACAUCUCGAGGGAGUCACUCGUCGUCGGCUGCGGUAAGCUCGUGUGGGACCCACGCGCCGUCGCUUCCCACUACGCUCGCUCUCUCCGUGGCUUCUGGUUCGACCUCCUCGUCAUCCUCCCCGUCCCUCAGGCGGUGUUCUGGCUAAUACUGCCGAAACUGAUAAGAGAGGAGAAGAUUAAGUUGAUAAUGACGAUCCUUCUGCUGAUAUUCUUGUUCCAGUUCCUUCCCAAGGUUUACCACUGCAUCUGCAUGAUGAGAAGAAUGCAGAAAGCUACUGGUUAUAUCUUCGGGACCAUUUGGUGGGGUUUCGCCCUCAAUCUUAUCGCCUACUUCAUCGCUUCUCAUGUGGCUGGGGGAUGCUGGUAUGUUCUUGCAAUACAGCGUGUCGCUUCUUGCAUAAGGCAACAGUGCAUGAGGAAGGGAGGGAACUGCAAUCUGAGUUUAUCUUGCAAAGAAGAGGUGUGUUACCAAUUCAUAUCACCGACGGGCAGCACGGUCGGAUAUCCAUGCUUAUCCGGAAACCUAACCAAUGUGGUUAGGAAGCCAUUGUGCUUAGACGCUAAUGGACCGUUCCGAUAUGGUAUCUACAAGUGGGCACUUCCUGUCAUCUCCAGCAACUCUCUUGCCGUCAAGAUCCUUUACCCCAUUUUCUGGGGCCUAAUGACUCUCAGUACUUUUGGGAACGAUCUUGAACCCACGAGCAACUGGCUCGAGGUUAUAUUUAGCAUAAUUACUGUGCUCAGUGGUUUACUGCUCUUCACGCUAUUGAUCGGAAAUAUUCAGGUGUUUCUGCAUGCGGUGAUGGCUAAGAAGCGGAAGAUGCAGUUAAGGUGCCGGGAUAUGGAAUGGUGGAUGAGGCGGAGGCAGUUGCCUUCCCGGUUAAGACAGAGAGUUCGACGGUUUGAGAGGCAGAGAUGGACGGCUUUAGGUGGCGAAGACGAGAUGAACCUUAUCCGAGACUUGCCUCAGGGCCUCCGCAGAGACAUCAAACGAUAUCUUUGCCUUGAUCUUAUCAACAAGGUACCGUUGUUCAGCGGCAUGGACGAUCUGAUCCUCGACAACAUCUGCGACCGUGCUAAGCCCAUUGUCUUCUCCAAAGAUGAAAAGAUAAUCCGAGAAGGCGAUCCAGUACAGAGAAUGAUAUUCAUAGUCCGUGGCCGGGCAAAGAGGAGCCAAAGCCUAAGCAAAGGCGUCGUGGCCACGAGCACACUCGAACCAGGCGGAUACUUAGGGGACGAGCUUCUCUCAUGGUGCCUACGCAGGCCAUUCCUCGACCGUCUUCCGGCUUCGUCGGCCACUUUCGUCUGCACUGACAACAUUGAAGCCUUCAGCCUUGGGUCCGAUGAUCUUAGGUACAUUACCGAUCAUUUCCGCUACAAGUUUGCGAACGAGCGGCUCAAACGUACGGCCAGGUACUAUUCCUCGAACUGGAGGACGUGGGCCGCCGUUAAUAUCCAGUUCGCCUGGCGGCGGUACAGGAAGAGGACCAUGAGCGGCCGCGGCAGCGGUGAUAGUGGUCCGAUGAGUCAUGGGCGGGAGAAUGGCAGCGACUGUGACCGGAGGCUACUUCAGUACGCUGCUAUGUUCAUGUCGAUCCGGCCACAUGACCAUCUCGAAUAGUAAAAUAAUGAAUUUUUGGAUCCAACAUUUGUGUUGUUGUUGUUAUUUUAUCUUAUUUAUUUAUUGUAUAAACAUUGGUUGGCGGUCAUAUCUUAAUUAAUUGUGCUUUGUUUCUGAUUA